UCAUCCUUUUACACUGAAAAGUUACUCUUUGAAUACGAAAAAUGUUACUUCCUUAAACUGAUUUUAGUUAAAAAGAAAGCUCCAGUUCAGGAUCAGCGUCAUACAAGUCUGCAACAAAGGCAGGAAGAUAGAUGUCCUAGAUAGUAAUAAGCUUUGGCAUUAUAUUUUUCGAAAAUGGUUGCAACCAGUGGAUUUCGCCAGUUCGUGAUUCUGUUAUACAAAGGACUUCUCCUUAGAAAACGACAUUAUAUCAUAACGUUUUUUGAAAUUGUUAUUCCUGUCUUCGUUGCCUCCAUACUUUGCAUCAUGCAAGCACAACAAACUUAUGAUGUUAACAAGCCAAAAGGAAACCUUUGGGUUGAUUUUGCAACCUAUGAGCCCUUUGAUCCAUUCGGACAAGCACGGCGUAGCGACCGUCCCGUGGAAUUGGUUUAUACACCUAAUAACGAUUUAGCCGGCCAAUUCAUGAAUGAGUCUGCUAAAUUCUUCAAGAGAAGAGCAUUGUACGAAGGCCGGAUAACUGUAAGAGGUGCAGACACUGAAAAGGAGUUAGAAAGUUAUUGCGUCCAACAACAAAGAUAUAGUCCCUAUACAAUCCAAAUUGGGACUAUUUUCCAGAACUUCGGCAAUAGGAUACCACAAACACUGGAUUACAAGAUUCGAUAUGCACCUAGUUAUGGAAGUACCUUUAAGACCCAACUGAAAUAUAAAAUGGGCAACCAGCCGAAAUGGCAUUUCGAUGUAUAUAAAGGAACUUACUUCCUCGCUUGGCAAGCAUCAGUUGAAGGGACAUUCGUUCAAAGAAGAGCUGCUGAACAGGGAAAAUCUCUUGAUUUAAGCGAUUACAAAGUCUGGAUGCAAAAGUUCCCUUAUCCCCCGCACAAGAAUGUUUUGAGGGACUACUCCGCCGUUGUUUUCAUUCCUUGGGUCGUAUGCUACGGAUAUUUGGUUUUCAUACUCAAUCUGGUCAGGAGAAUCAUUGAAGAAAAAGCUAAUGGAUCAAAAGAACUGAUGAAAAUGAUGGGGAUGACGGAUUUCACGUAUUGGUCCAGCACGUUUUUAAAUUACUUCAUAAUUGUCCUUAUCACUGUGCCAAUUAUCACCAUCGUUUACAAGUCCACUCUUAAGAAUGGAACUUCUCUUUUGAAGCAUUCGGAUGGCUCACUCAUAUUCGUCCUUCUAUUAUUAUUUAUGAUAAGUCUUAUAUUAUUUUGUAUGGCGUUUAGCAUAUUUUUUAACAGAGCUGUUUUUGCAAUCAUAGUGUUACUGGUUAUUUACAUCCUUUCCUUUACCCUUUUAUCCGUAAAACUUCUCGACCCAAAUAACGAGUCGGCAUACUUCACGAUGAAUAUCAUUGGUAAAUUGGGAAUAUGCCUUUUCCCGCAAACUGCAUUAGUCACUGCCAUCUUCCUCAUAUCCUCCUACGAAGCUAGUGGUGAAGGAUCUAACUGGAGCAACGUUUCUGAGUUUGCUUUGAUUCCAGAGAUCAACUUAUUGAUGGUUAUAUUAACCAUGCUAUUUUCUUGUUUUCUGUAUGCUUUUCUACUUUGGUAUUUUGAUGCUGUUUGGCCGUGGCAACCCGGUGUACCCAAACCAUUUUAUUUUUUUCUCACAAGAAGCUACUGGUGUGGAAGUAGACCCAACCAACAAGCCGAAAUUGAAUUGGCUGAAACACGAAAUAGCGCCGAAUUUUUUGAAUCGGAACCCAGUAAUAUUUCACGUGGAAUCGUAAUAAAGAAUUUAUCAAAGGAAUUCCAUUCUGGACUUACUUCGAAAUUAGCGGUUAAUAAAGUGUCAUUGAACAUAUAUCAAGGCCAAAUUACUGCACUACUUGGUCAUAAUGGGGCUGGUAAAACUACAACUAUCAAUAUUUUGACAGGUUUGUUCACUCCAACAAAUGGUACUGCCUUUAUAAACGGACUGGACAUUUUAACAGAUACAACAAAAGCACGCAGAGGUCUUGGGGUCUGCCCGCAACAUAAUGUUCUGUUUGACACUCUUACAGUUGACGAACACUUAAAAAUCUACGCAGCAAUGAAAGGAGUUCCGUGGAGCCAACUGGCAUACGAGGCAACUAAGGCUUUGGACAUUCUGAAAUUGUCUGAUAAAAGAUACGAACUGGCGAAGAGUUUGUCGGGUGGAAUGAAGCGCAAAUUAAGUCUCGCAAUUGCUAUCAUUGGUGGAUCAAAAGUGCUAUUUCUGGACGAACCGACAUCUGGCAUGGACGUUGAAGCGAGGAGAAGUGUAUGGGAUGCUUUACUAGAGAUAAGACGAGACCGGACCAUCAUCUUGACCACGCAUUACAUGGAGGAGGCAGAUAUUCUAGGGGACAGAAUAGCCAUCAUGGCAGAAGGAGAAGUGCAGUGUUGUGGAUCUCCCAUGUUUCUCAAGCAGAAAUUCGGUACUGGGUAUCAUUUACACAUUGUAAAAGAUGAGAAAUUCAACUUACAUGCUGUGACUGCUCUCUUGAAAAAGUAUAUACCCGAAGCCAAGCUCGGAAAAGAACUGGAAAAAGAAAUCUCCUUCAGUCUUUCCAAUGACACUGGCAGAGAUUUUGGCGAUAUGUUUGAAGAAUUAGAGUAUCGCAAAAGAGAACUCGGGCUCCUAUCUUGUGGAGUCACUAUAACGACUAUGGAUGAUGUAUUCUUAAAUGUUGCAAAUAUAUCUGAUGUGAAGUAUAAGGCGCAAUCUAAGCAUGAAGAACGAAAUGGUACUGGUAUUGAACUGGAAGAUAUUAAGGGAGGCUCCCCUGGCCUGAAAUUUCAUCGCAAGCUUGCCAACCAGUUCAUCGCUCAACUGAUAAAACGCUUUCAUUAUUCCAAGAGGCACUGGAGCGUUCUCAUCGCCCAGUUAGUCAUACCAAUCCUCCUCAUGUGUUUGUGUAUGUACAGUAUAAAAAGCGGCAGCUCUCAGUACAGAGCGGUAUACGAUCCCCUCAAAAUGGAUAUCAGUUCUGUGUAUGGUAAAACAGACGGGUUUUACUACAGCGUGGAGCCAAACGUGAGUGAACUAGCAAAUUCUCUAAAGAAUGUUUUGGAGUCGAAUAAAGUCAACGUACAGAAUGUGUCUGAGCCUACGCAUUAUGUACUGAACUAUGGCAAAGACAUUACUAAGUACUACAAAAAGAUAGUUGUAGGGGGAGCUAUAGAUAUUGAUACCCGUGGAGUUCUGAACUUGACUGCUUGGUACAAUGAUCAAAUGCACCAUGCAAUGCCCAUGUCUCUUCUUCUGAUGCACACUGCCCUGUUGCAAAAUAUAGCAAAAGGUGGCAGCAUCUCCAUGACCAAUGCACCCUUACCCGAGCUUCAGUCGGGGUACACGCUUGAUGUUGGUGGACAGAUAAUGGUCACAAUAAUGGCUACUGUGUUUGUACCUUUGGCUUUAGGUUUCCUGUCUGCUAGUUUUACUCUAGUACCAAUUCACGAGAGAGCGACAAAAGCAAAACUGUUGCAACUAAUGAGUGGAAUGCCAGCAAUAAUGUACUGGAGUGCUAUGUUCCUUUGGGACUUUGUAAUACACUGCAUUGCUUGCAUAUUCAUGAUAAUACCUUACGCUAUAUUUGCUCGCUACGCAUUCUUUGGAAUACACUCUAUAUCUACAGGUACGUCUUUGCUGCUGAUGUUCCUUUAUGGCUGGUCCUCGAUUCCUUUCAGCUACUUAGCCUCUUUCAUAUUCUCGAGAGGAAAUGCUGGGUUUGCUGCUAUCGUAGGAUUCUGUGCAGCAGCAGGUGUUGGUGCCGCUUCUACUUUCAAAGCUAUACUAUUUGCAUCAAAUAUUUCUGAAAAAGUUAGAAACGAUCUGAAGAUAGCAACUUGGUUUCUUCGCCUUUUUCCGACUUUCAGUCUUGGAACCGGGUUUUCGAAUCUUUUUGUAAUAACUUAUUCAAAUGCUAUUUGUGAAAGUAUGCCCCCGGAGGAUCUCGAACAAACCUGUAAAUCACCGCUCACGCUUCCUGGAAGUGCUUUUUACAAAUGCUGUAAAGAGCUCUGUGGAAGCAACUGCAUCAAAUUUAAUAGCUCCCUAACAUGGGAAGAGAAAGCCUGUGGGCGUGAUUUAUUGUUCCUAUUCAUCGACGGUUUCAUUUACUUCGGCAUUGUGCUUCUGCUGGAGACAAAAGCUUUGGCUAUGCUGAUUCGCCUCUUCAAGUCCCGCAUGCAGAGAGUGAAGCGACCAACCAUCAGCCAAAUGAGGCAAGAAAGCACCAUCGAAGAUUCGGAGGUCCUGCAAGAGGAACACAGGAUUCGACAUUUAACAGCGACCCAACGAGGAUCGGGUGGCGAGGCUCUGGUGGUCUCUGAGUUGACUAAAGUGUUCAAAAAUUUCUAUGCUGUCAAACACCUGACUUUUGGAAUUCACCAAGAGGAAUGCUUUGGCUUCCUUGGGGUGAACGGUGCUGGAAAAACGACUACUUUUAGAAUGCUGACGGGAGAUUGCCUUCCCACAGAAGGGAAUGCUUUCAUACAGAAUAGUUCCCUGAGAACGGAUUUGAAAAAGUUCCAAUCCUACCUUGGCUACUGUCCCCAGUUUGACGCUCUGAUCGACCGUUUAACAGGUCGAGAAAUGUUAAUGCUUUUUGGUCGUCUAAGAGGCCUCUUUGGAAACGACUUACAGGAUAAAGUGGAAAAAAUGAUCAGACUCACUGACUUGACUAAACAUGCUGAUAAACAAACGCAAUUUUACAGCGGAGGAAAUAAAAGAAAGUUGUCCGUUGCUCUCGCUCUGAUUGGAACGCCACCUCUUAUUUUAUUGGACGAACCAACAGCUGGAGUGGAUCCAGUAUCUCGCAGAAAAAUUUGGAAGAUACUUGCUCAAGCUCGUAAUAAUACCGGAGCUGCUGUUUUAUUAACGACUCACAGCAUGGAAGAAAGUGAAGCUUUAUGUAAUCGACUGGCCAUCAUGGUGAAUGGAAGGUUCCGCUGCCUCGGAUCCAUUCAGCAGCUGAAAUCCAAAUAUGGUCAAGGCUACACUUUGAUCAUAAAACUGAGGAGAGAGGAUGAAAACAACCAAGAGACAGUGAAUACAAUUAAAAGCUACGUACAGAGCCAUUUACAGGGAGCAGACUUGAAAGACGACCACCAAGGUAUGCUUCAGUAUCACGUGGUCAACCCAUCUCUCACGUUAAGUCACCUCUUCAAAUUCAUGUCUCAUAUGAAAAUCCAGUUUCAGUUAGAAGAUUACUUGAUAAGUACUACUUCGCUUGAGCAAAUAUUUUUGACAUUCGCUCGAGCACAAAGAGUUUCAGGAGAAUGAGAUGUGAAAUUCAUGUUCACUUGUGAGAAAUGUUGUAAGAUUCUAAUUAUAAUUCAUGUUACUGAAAAAUUACUAAGUUAAAUCCUUCAGCAUUUAUCGCUCUUUACAAGAUACUUGUAAGAAUAAUUGAGAAAUUAAAUUUUGUAUGCAGUUUAAGGAAUUAUAUUUUGUACAUUUGAGUAUUUUAUACUUUUGUAUUUAAUGCAUUAUUGAUAUUGAAUGAAUAUUAUUGUAAUUAUAGUCUAAUAUAAAAAAUGGUAUUAAUUAAAACGUUUCAUAAGUUUAAAAAAGAAUUUAAAUGCUAAUUCAAUAAAACGUCGCUUUAUUGAAAACUUUUGUAAUUUGAUAAACAAUUACCUAUAAGUAAAUAUGCAAAAUAAUGAAACUAACAGUAUAUUUUUUAAAAACUAAUGUCGUUUUAAGUUUUAUACUGCAAAUGACUGACAUAAACUGACAUUAAUGCAUGAAAAAUUGUCAUAAAAACAUUGAAUUUAUUAAAUUAAAAUCUUUUUUUAAAACUUCGUUUAAAUUAUUGAAGACUUUUAAGUUAGAUGUACUGAAAAAGCCCACGAAAAUUCAGGGAAUUAUAACUCAGGAUGAAAUUAAGUUAUAUUCUUAAUUUCGAAUGAAUCGCAUUUUAUUGCAGUAUUCAAUUUCUUUUAGAAUUUUUGAAAUCUAAAAACCAUGAAGGCAAUAAACAGGAAAUAACAUUUUCUUAAAAUAUUAUUUAUUUUUAACAAAGAAAAAUCAAUUACAAUUUAUUUGUGUCCUUCUACAGUAUACUACGGAUUUUAGAAAAUAUUAAAAAGUAUUUAUAUCUGCAUGAUAUAUUUCAGAAAAAUCAGAAUUUUGGAUAAGCUUUCUACAGUUGCAUUUAUUUAGGUAAUUAAAUAUUUGAAGAGCUUAUGGUUUAAAUAUUUAAUACCCUCUAUAUGGAUUUAUAGUUUUGAUUAUUUAAUUCAUAUAAUUAUUUAAUUUUGUCUUAUUUAUCUGGUGUUUAUGUAAUAUUUUCAAUCUUUAUUUCGAGGACUAUGUCAUCUGUUUCGAUGAAUUUGCAAAUAAAAGAAUUUUCCUUGUA